UUCACUUUUUGUGUAAAUAAAGCGAGUUAGUUUCAGAUGUUAGCAGUAGAACAGACAGGUACCUUUCUAGAUAGACUUCGACAACACCCUUCUUUAUUUACGACUUGGUGUCACUGUCAGCGAAUACCUGGCGACAUUAGCAGUGGCAUAAUCACCGGUGAUGACAGCUCAAUACCUGCCGGGACCUGCAUUCAACCCUGGGAUACAAUGGCAGCUGUGGUAAUGCUAUGUUAAGUUUAAAUCUCACAUCUUGUUCCAUCUUUUGAUGACGACUGUAAAUAGCAAAAUAACUCAAGUUGGCAGAGACGGAGAGCCAGUUCUAACAGCCGGUGGUUUUACAGACAAAUACACAAGUUCUCCCCACUUGAUUCUGGCCCAUGUUCUGACUUCGGAGCGGUACAUUGCCGAAAAGCUGUGCCGUAUUAAAGACGAGACAAAUGCGUUUAGAACGGACCUAUCACUGAAGAAAUUUGAAAGCAGUGAACAGGCUGCUUUGUCUCGUCGGGGUGUCGGCACAACUCUAAGGUAAUGGCGACAUAGUUCUAAAUAUAUUGGAACAGCAAAUAUUCUAUCUUUUCUUAGCUAUCGUUGUGAAAGUUUCGAAGAGAGUUGCAGCAAAAGAGACAACCGAGACAAUGGAUGAUGUCUGCGACAAUUUUUGGAUUAUUUUCAUUUAGAUGUUCUACUUUACUUGGGAUACAUAACCGAGAAUUUGUGGGUCUAAGAAGCACAACCCUAAAAGUGAUGGGGUGUGUUAGAGGACCAUCGACGAGGGAGCGUACUGAAACCCGGUGGAGCACAAAGAGAGUGGCGUUGUGGGGCACAGCUCCGAGAUGGGUCACAGAAGCGGCACGAUUUUAACACAGAGUAACACAGCUUUGAAACUUCGUUGAGCAUAUUAGUUUUGUGGAAUAUUUGCAGCAUCAGAGUUCAGAGAUACACAACAGGGGCCCAGUUGAGAGACUCAAACUCGGAUCACAACAACGACACAACUUCACUCAAGGCAAGCAACUUUCGCAAUUAUUGUUUUUUUCUUUAUUACUUCUCUGUCAAUUCUCUUACGUUCUUUCCCUGACAGUACCCCGUUCUCAUUCACAUGGUCUACACAUACACAUGAUUUUUCAAUCUCCGAUAGAAACCGAAAUUUUGUUUGUAAAAAGAAAAAAAAAAGGAAUAAAAGCCUAUUUAAAAAAAAAUAUCACUUAAAAUUAUUGAUUAAUAUUUUUCGUAACCAUAUUAUCAAUUAUUACAUAAUUAUUCAGUCAACCCAAAGUAAAGAGAAACACAACGAACUCGUUACAUUCAAAGAUGAUAUGUUAUACAGUUGAAUGAAUGGAAAGAAAAAAAUUCUUUGUCGUUUACUCACCAACAUUCUGCAAAUAAAUUGUUUUUCAGUUAUCAACUCUCAGAUUUCACAUCCAGCAUUUUAAGACAUAACUCCGCAUCUUUUUACUUAUAGGAGGAGUAUCUUUUGAAAACAAAAUAUAAAACCUCAUAAAUUUCUUUUACUCAAUUCACACAAUGUUGUCUCGGACUUGGUUUAAGAAAAAAAUCAAUAUUUGUUGGUUUCUCGUCCUUUUAAAUUCCUGCUCGAAACUUCGGAACUAUUUCAUUUCUCUUACAUGGAUUGUGGCACAAUUUCAUUUUUCUCUCGGAAAGAAAAUAAUUAAACAAAAGUAAUCCCUGAUUACUUACAUGUCGACAGAAGGAACUACAACGCAAUUGUCUGGAUUUUUAUACUCAGAGUGUUUUCAAAGAAAUUCCAACAAAUAAGUCAAACUGAUUCGAAUUCUCUUGUUUCGUAUUCAUUCAAAAUGAAACGAUCACCGAAUCAACUCGAGAUGAAUCUUCACUUGGUUCCAACGUCAUCACCACUGACAGAUACAAAAAUGAAAUUUCUACGAAUUAUUUUAAUCAACAAGCAAUAUUUAAACGAAGGAAAAUGGUACUAUUCCGAAAUGAGCAGGGAGAAGGCACACCACAUUCUAUUAAAUACCGAAAAUGGAACCUUUCUCUUACGAAACAGUUUUAAUUCAGAGAAUGUGUUUGCAUUGUCGGUGAAAACCUUCGACAAAGUGAUUAGUACCAAAAUUAUUUCCCGCUACAAUUUCUUUCAUUUGGAUUGUGUCAAAGAAGCCCAAAAUAAAAUACCUCUUUUUCAAACCGUUAUUGAACUUGUACAGUUUUAUUCCAAUCGUUGUUCAAAAGGACCCCGACAUGAAAGAGGGAUUCAAAACCAUUGGUGCUGGUUCGAUAGCUCUGUCAACAAACACAUACCAAUAAUUCUGGAAAUUCCAUUAAGACACUCAGUUCCAACAUUAAAACAUCUCUGCAGACUCGUGAUCAAUGUGUCAGUUGAGAAAACGGAGGCAGAGACCCCACUUCAUUAUUCCAUACGAAAAUUACCACUUCCACCUUUUCUCAAAGACUAUGUCAGUUCCUAUCCAUUUGUUAUUUAAGUGAGCGAAUGGUAACAUACACAGAAUUAAAUAUUUCAUGAAAUCGAAAUUAAAGCAACUUGCUAUCUAUUUAUUUAUUGCAAAUAUUUAUGACUUAAAAAAAAUCGUGUUUAUGAGAUUUUUCAAUCAAAAAGAAUCAAAAUGUUAAAAUCUUUUAAUUAAUAAUACACAGUAAUUCAAACUGUCACCAAGAAUUAAAUAGGGUUUUGGGGCUACAGGUACUGUAAGGUCUUUAGUAAUAUUUUCAAAAGUGGGGAAUGAGAAAAACUAAAUAACCAGGUUAACAUUGAAAUAAAAACGCUCCUUUUAGCCAUAGAUAUAUUCAAUACGUUUUUGGAUUUGGGUUGCAAGAUUCUUUAUGUGAGUGUUGAAGCAUCUUUUGUUGUCUGGAGAGAGUCAUUCUCUUUUGGUACCUUAUAAUUUAACACACUCACCGCUAAAAUUUCCACUUAUUUCUUUGUUUAUUUUUCUAAAAUUUUCGUUUCGUCUUGCAACCUUUUCAAUAGCUUUGACUCUUUAAUACAACUACUACAUAUGUGCGAGAGAGAAUGAGAAAGCUGUUAUUGUAUUUAGGACACCAGUUUCACUUUCGUUAUAACUGGUCAUUAACAAAGUGAAAGUGAUGCUUUGAAGGCAAGGAUAGCCGUGUGUUUGCGUGUGCGAUCCAAAUCAGAAGAUGAAAGAAGAGUUUAGCACAUCCAUAUAUAUACGUAUCUCCUUUUCCCCCUCGUAUUUCCUCUCUUUCUCUUUUCCUCUCGUUGCUCACCUAUUCUACUUCCUCCCUCUCUUUCUCCCUCUACCACUCUCUCUCUCUUCCCUUUACACCGGCAUGGUCACAUGCUUCCGGUCAAUAAUCCUUUCCUUCCUUGGCUUUCGCCAAGUAACGCACGCCACCACUUUGUCUCUCUCGGUUCCGUGCCUCAUCGCGUUCAUACACACAUAAUUUUUCUCGUCUGGCCGUAAAGCCUUUUCUGUUUGUUUUCCUGUCUUGUUUUUUGUCCGCCACUACAUUCCUCCAUGGCUAGAU